UAACUCUUAGGAAUUAUUCAGGGGGUCACCCUCGACAAUUCCCCGCAAAAAAAUCAUUGCUAGGUAAAAAUGUUUUUUUAUUGUGACUUAUUUCACCUAAUUCUCCUGCAUUAGGUAUAUAUAUUUUUUUUUAAAUUUUUUUUUAAUUGUCAAAAUAAUCAAAGGAAAAAUACAUUUUCUUGAAAAUAUGAAAAAAAAUUGGAGGGUUAUCGAUUUUAAAAAAUUGACUCAUUUUUGGAUUUACUCAACUUUAUUUAUCCCAAAUAAAAAUCAAAAUUGCGUAGGUCUAUCACUUAAGGGAGCGGAAAGGUGGGGUGGUCAUUGGGUCAUUUAGGGAGAAAAAAAGAAAAAUCGAGAAUAAAAAAUAGGGAAAAACAUUUUUGCAAUUUUAAUCAUGAAUUGUUUCAAACAAAAAAAAACAUAACAUUGAAGUAGGUAUUGAAAAAUUCAAAAUUUUUAUUAUUAAUUUUCUUAAAAUGAUACCUAUUUUGAGAUUUUAAAAUGAGGAAAAAACAACAAAAAACAAAUCAUGAUAUAAAAAAUAAAAUUUAAAAAAAAAACAAAAACUCGACUUCGAUCAGUUUAUAAUAAAUUUAAAAAAAAACAAUAGUCCCUAGUAGCAUAAUCGACAGAACAUAUCGACAAGGGAGGUUAUCACUUAUCGACAAAAAAUGGGAAGAAAAUUUUAAGAUGUAUAUCCGAUAUUUGAUAGAUAAUUUCAUUUUUGGAAUGAAGAUUAGCAUAAACGUGAUCGAUUGAAUAUCUGAAAGUUAUAGUUUUCAAUAAUGAUACAAUAAUAGAUAUUACGAUAUGUGGCGAUUACAUAUCGAAUAAUUAUCCGAAGUUAAUCGAAAUCGGUAUCCAGUAGAUAAAUUGACGAUACCAUCAUCCAGUAUAACUGACAGAAAAUCGUUUAAUACUCGUUUCAGAUUUCCUGUCUAUUUUGACUGUUUAUAUCAUCGACAAAAAAUCGGAAAUUUAUCUUUUUCGAUAAUGAUACGAUAAUAUUACGAUAAUGUGGCAAUGGAAAGGUUAUUUUAGGGGGAACUGGGGAGGACACAGAGGGGGAAACUCUCAAAAAAUGGGAGACCUAAAUGAAGAACAAAACACAAAAAAUGUUUUUACUGAAUUAUGUCUGAUAAGUAAAAAAGGUAAUAUUGAAGAAAAAAAAAAGUUUAAAAAUCCUGAUGCCAGAAACAGAAAGAAAUCAGAGACAUUUUAUCAGUAAAAAAAAGACGCACGUGGUUCAAUUCUCAAAAUAGGCAAACAUCGAUUUAAGAGAAAAAAAAAAAGUUUUCAAAUAUCUAAAUGAAAUAAAAUCAUUUUGAAAAAAAAAAUAUUUCCUUGAAGUGUCAAAUUUUAUUGGCAUACCUACUUAAAGCAUAAUUAUAUUGUCAUUUUGAUCCCUUCUGCUCUUUAUGCCUUCUCUUGGCAGAAAAAAUUCUGACAAAAUGAUUGUCUCUCAAAAUUCGUGAAGAAUAUUUUUUUUUAAUAAUUAGGUACCUACCUUAAUAAAUAAAAGUAAAAAUUGAAAAAUUAUUCAAUGUUAUUCACUAGAUUUUAAAAAAAAUUAAAUUACAAAGUAUGAAAUUUGAUUUUUUUUUUUUUUAAAUACACUGACAAGUUUUCUUUCUAUUCAGUUAGAAUGAAUCGAAUCUGAAUAGGACUGUACAUUUCAAAGACUAGAAGAGAAAACUUAUCUAUUUGAACUCUGAAGUCAGCAAGCAAUAAAUUUAUAAACCUAAAUCGAUGCCUAUUUAAAAUACGAGGAAACAUUUUAUAAUACCUGUUUUAAUUUACAAGAGUUUUGAAAGAAAAAAAAAUCCUCAUCAUAGGCCUCGAAACAAAAAAGAAUAAGUUUCGACCUUGGCCCGAGACCAUGUCAAGCUGUUGAAAAAUACAUUCUCGAGCUCGAAUUUUAGCUCCGAAUGCGAUGGAUAAUACCGAAAGUAAAAAAAAAAUUGAAGGAAACGCGUUACUCGACUUUAAUAUUCCGAAAUGAAUCAUCUUAUUCCUCAUUCAAUAAAUACCUACCUACGUAAAAAAAAUCUUUUCAUGAUGCUAGGAAAAUUCAAGUUUCAGAGUAAGUAGGUAUAGGUAGGUUGGUCUAUGAUCAAUAAAAACAAAUUUCAAUUCCUCCCUCGAACUGCGAUGGAAAUAAUAAAAUAUGGUAACAAAUGAACGUCGUCGUUGAAGCUAUCGCAGUACAAAGGUUACAUUAGGAUGUUCAACAGCUGGGCCGGGAAGAGGAGGGAAAGUGACGCAUCACAGCGUAUCCAGUUGUGCACCCAAUUCUAUGGUCAGCAUAAGUACUACGUAGCGUUGUCGCGAUACACGAAGACAUCGUGCGUUUAUUUGAAAUUUUCUUACGAUUUAUAAUUUUUUAAUUUUUUUUUGGGCAUUGCGAAUACUUGGAGUACGGUGGAAAUCGAUAAUUAGUGGCUAUGUUUGGGAAGUACGAGUAAAUUCGAAACGAAACGAAGAGUUGGUUAAUUUUGUAUUGAAAAUUCGACGCUUUCAGCUAUAGUAAUAGAUUGUUGUGAUUCGGAUUCUGGAGUAAAGUGAUUAGAGAAUUUAGCGUGAUGGAUACGACGAAAACUUUGAAAAAACCCAGUCAACCCAAGAAGGAAAUCUUUGUGGUGGAGAAAAUCGUCGAUAAACGAAUCGCUGCAACAGGUCGUGUUGAAUAUUUACUCAAAUGGAAAGGAUACUCGGACGCUGACAAUACUUGGGAACCGGUGGAAAACAUGAGUUGUAAAAAACUAAUCGCUAAAUUCGAGAAAGACUUGAAUUCUCCUUCGGAAGUUGCCAGAACGAUGAAAAACCCCAUUGUUAAAUUAGAAAUAAAACAAGAACCGGGCCAGAACAUAUUACCUUUGUUGGAUAAAAAAAUACCUGGUAAAGUUCCCGAACGUAUCAUAAGCGUUAUAAAUAUGAGCGGAGAGUUGAAGUUUUUCAUGAAAUGGAAAGAUAUUGAUAAAAUUGAACUCGUACCUGCUUCUUCGCUGCAUUCGUUGUGCCCUCAAAUGGUUAUCGAUUAUUAUGAAAAACAUUUGAAAUGGAUCGAAGAAGAUAGUUAGAAAGAGAAUGUUUUAAUUUUUUUUUUUAAUCGUUGAAAAUCGUGUGAUUAUUAUUGUUGUUUGUCGCGCCGAAACAGAAAGUAUUUUAUAGUAAAUUUUUAUUUUAUUUUUUUUUUUUUUACGAAUUCGUAGUCAUAUUUAAGAGUAUUUUUAGUGCAAAUAUUUACAUCGAAUUUGUCAUUUUAUAUGUUUUUCCUAAAUUAAAAAUGGUGGAUGAAUGUGUAGGCGAGGCUGUAUUUUUUUUAUCACUCGUGAUAAAUAUGUAAAUUUGACGACGAAUCGAAUACUUAUAUUGUGUGUUGCAAUUUUCACAUUUUAGCUGUUAUGUUAUCUUAUUGUGAUUAAAACGUUUGUGAAUUUUAA